GCGAUGGUAGUGAUGCUGUUGAUGAUGAUGAUGAUGGUUGUGCUGGAUUCUGAGUCCAGUGCAGCAGACUCCUUUGUUCCGACGGUGACUGCAAUCUCAAGCUCGCCGGAUCUGAGGUGGAUGGUGCAGCCGACAGUCAUCACAUCUGUCUCCCCCUCAUCCAGCCGUGCAAAGCCUAAAGCUCACGGCGCUAUCCAGUCGUCUUCCCCGGCAGGCGCUUGCAAGGCGCAGCCCGUCAGCAGGAAAGGGCAGAAAGAUCAGCCUUCCAAAGAGGAGGAGGAAAGGAAGAGGAUCAGAAGGGAGAGGAAUAAAAUUGCUGCAGCAAAGUGUCGCAAUAGACGGAGGGAGCUCACAGACACUUUGCAAGCUGAGACUGACAAGCUUGAAGAGGAGAAGGCUGCCCUACAGACGGAGAUAGCUGAUCUCCUUAAAGAGAAGGAGCGACUCGAGCAAAUAUUGGUCUCCCACAAACCAUCCUGUAAACUACCUAACGAUGAUGAAGAGGAGGAGGAAGAUGAUGUUGACACCAUGCUACAGGACCCCCCAGCCUCCCCGCAGCUGCUCUCCAUGUUAGAGAAUGGGAAAACUCCUGAGAGCAACACAGCAAUCGCAGAGAGCCCCAUCACUCAAGAGAUGGACAGUGUCCCUUGUAUCUCGGCAGCAGCCAUUUUGGGGAAUUCCAACAUCCUCCUGUGUGCAAGUGCAGAAGAAGAGCCUCUGGAGGACCUGAAGGGAGAUGACCUGGAUGACUUGGUCCCCAGCCUGGAGAUGGCAGUGGCGGCUGAAACAGCCGCAUCAGUCCCCGACAUAGACCUCGGCGGCCCCUUCUGCGUCUCAGACUGGGAAACCCUGUACAAGUCAGUGGCCAACGACCUUGAGUCUCUGAGUACGCCCGUCAUGUCUUCCAGCCCCACUUGUAGCAAUCUCCGCACGGUGUUCUCCUUUAAUUACUCUGAGAUUGAUUCCUUGGCUGAAGGUUGUGAGAGCCUCAAAGGCGGCCUUGGUGCAUCUGAGUUCAUGAAAGAUAGUCUUAACUCCCCAACACUCCUGGCCUUGUGAAUGCAAAAAAACAAAAACAAAAAAUAACAAAACAACAACAACAAAAAAUGAGUUAUGCAACAAUUGGACAUAACUGUACAUGGUUUGAAACCAGCCAAAAAGCUAUGGUCUUUCUCCAAUAACCUUUUGUAGUGUAAGUUGUGAUGUUGUGUAAACCUGAACAUGGAGGUUUGUGUAGAUGACAUGUUUUCUGUGGCUGUACUAGGGUCAACUUCUUCCACACCUAUGGUGCAAGGGCAGAUCAUUCUCUGGAAUGGAGAUUUUGUGCUAGUAGCCUAUCAAAAUGCAUGCAAAUACAAAUCAGUCAUAAUCUAGGAGGUUGUAUCUUUUUAGUAUUUUUUUCAUUCCCUAAUGUUAUGUGAAAUUAAACUGUGCUCGAUAUGUGUACAUACUGUUAACAAAAUUGUGCUGUAACAAGUGAAUAGCAGGGUUACUAAUGUGUAGCUAAGUGUAUCAUUUUGCUGUAUGGUGUCCCCUGACUUGACAUUUAUUUUCAAGUUUUCCAUGAAAACAUCAUGCCAUGUAUUUUAUCAAGAUGUAUUUUAUGACAUAGUUUAUUUUUUUACUUAUAAAAAACAAUGACUUUGUUGAUCAGAUGCCAAAAAAUAUAUCUAUAU